AUGGCUGAAACUUUAUAUAAUCAACCAGUUGUUAUUGACAAUGGGUCUGGUAAUUUAAAAGCUGGGUUUGCUGGUGAAGAUAAACCUAAAACUUAUGCAUCUUCAAUUAUAGGUAGACCAAAAUACCAAAAAAUCAUGGCAGCAGGAAGUCAUUCAUUACUACCGGAUCCUCAAACAGCUCCAUCCACUGCAUCUUCAUCACAUCAUCAACAAGAUGAUCUGAGAAUUUAUAUCGGUAAUUUGGCUCAAGAAAAUAGAGGAUUAUUGAAAUUAACAUAUCCUAUAGAACAUGGAAUUGUUAAUAAUUGGGAUGAUAUGGAAAAAUUAUGGUAUCAUACAUAUAGUCAAGAUUUGAAGAUUCAAAGUGAAGAUCAUCCAUUAUUAAUAACUGAAGCACCAUUGAAUCCUCGUUCAAAUAGAAAUAAAAUGUGUCAAAUAUUAUUUGAAAAUUUCAAUAUUCCAUGUAUUUACGUCUCAAUUCAAGCAGUGUUAUCAUUAUAUGCAUCAGGAAGAACAACUGGGGUGGUUAUAGAUAGUGGUGAUGGAGUAAGUCAUAUUGUACCUGUUUAUGAAGGGUUUUCUUUACCUCCUUCUAUCAAGAGAAUGGAUAUAGCUGGAAGAGAUAUUACAGAAUCAUUAAGUUUUAAUAUUCGAAGAAUGUCUGGUAUUUCAAUGAAAAGUAGCUCUGAAUUGGAAAUUGUAAGAUUGAUGAAAGAACAAUGUUGUUUUGUUUCAAAAGAUCCUGUUAGAGAUGAAAAAAUUUAUGGUAGUCAUUAUUCUAGGAAUAAUCAAAAUAAUGAAUUGUUUUCAACUUAUAAAUUACCUGAUGGUCAUGAAAUUCAAUUGGGUGUUGAAAGAUUUAGAGCUCCUGAAAUUUUAUUCAAUCCUCAAUUGAUUGGUGAUGAAUCUCCUGGAUUGCAUGAAUUGACAUCAUUAGCCAUUAGUAAAACUGAUUUGGAUUUGCGUCCGAUUUUAUAUCAAAACAUUAUAUUAUCUGGAGGAAAUACUUUACUACAGAAUUUUGGUGAUAGAAUGUUGAAAGAAUUAAAGGAAUUACAACAACCACAACAAGAGGAUUCUAAAACCAGUAUUUGGAAUAAAAAUGUUCUGAAUGAUGUUUACAAUACCAAAAUGAAGGUUAAAAUAUAUGCUCCUCCUGAGCGAAAAUACUCUACAUGGAUUGGUGGGUCUAUCUUAGCAGGUUUAUCUACAUUUAAAAAGAUGUGGGUAACAUCAGAGGAGUAUCAUGAGAAUCCUGAUAUAAUACAUAUAAAGUGUAUGUAG